UUGAAGGUGUUUACUUUUUAAAUAUAGUCAACAUAUUAUAUUGUGAGCAAAAAAUCCGCAAAAUGAAUAAAGCAGUAGUUGCAUUGUUCAGCCUGAUCGCUUUGGUUGUCAUCGUACAGUCACAACCACUAAGUGAAGGAUCACUGAAAGCCGACCAGACCCCUAAUGCUUUCAAUGGAGAAGUAUCUUUUGACACUGUUGAUAGCUCCAAUACCAAUGAAUUAAAGAAUCCCACCCGAGUGAAAACAUGUCUUGCAUGGCUUUUUGGAGGAGAGUGCAACCAAAGAUCUCAGCCAUCAAAUAACUAUAAAAUCGGUAACGGAGACAAAAACAAAAAUCAUGUUGAAAUUCACAAGACACCAAGAACGCGUAAAUAA